AGUUGUUCAAAAACUUUACAAAUAGCUGGUGCUAAUGAAUUAGCCAAAAGCUAUUAGAGAUAUUUCAAAGAAAUUGCCUUACACGACAAACUUCAGAGGUUUAUCAGCAGAGGAGAUAUUCUUGGAAGUUGACGUUGUAAUUGUUUAUCAAUUAUCAAUAGAAAAAACGUUUCAAAGAUGCAUUUUGCAUUUAUCUUAUUGAUUGUAAUAAAUUUACAAUCGAUAUUGACGGAAAACAUCUCUCCUGAUAAUAAUAAUCAAGAUUUGGAGUUGUACUCAAAGACCUACUUUAUUGAAGGUGUUGUUAAACCUAAAUCAUUAGCUAUAAAGGAGGGUGCAAAGUUAAUAUUUCAAAGUGAUCAAAGUCGAAUUGUUAUUGAAAAUGAAUUGGAUUAUAUUGAAUAUAUUCCACUAAUCAGAAAUGAAAGUGUUGAUGGAUUUAACGAUAAAACGAAUGUUAAUUAUGUAAAGAUAUGCAGAGAACAAUUACAUUCCAUUGAUACAAUAGGAAAGCUUGCAAGCGAAUAUUUAGGAUACGAUAAGGAUAGAAAAUUCGAAAUAAUAGACGAAAAGGAGAGAGAUAGAUGCUGUAUACUCGAAUGUUUAUCGCAUGGCCUAGAUAUUCGAGAAUGUGUUAUUAAAUAUGAGAAAAUUGAUUAUCCAUUGAAAAUUAAAAGUUCAACUUCGAGGUUACGAUAUGGAAUUGUUAUAAAAAAUUCAAAACAAGUAUUUAUCAACCAUUUUGAAGGAGUAAGAAUUGGAUUGCAUAUAUUUAACUCAAGAAUUGAAUUAGUAAAAUCUAUAAAACUAGAGGAUGUAUCGUUCUCCAAAGCGGCACUGCUUAUUGAAAAUCAAAGACGAAAUGAUGAAUCCUCUUUAUAUUUAAGUAACAUCCAUGUUAAAAAUAACUCCAAUUUUGGUUUGUACAUUGAUUUUCCUGGAAAAGUGCAUUUGAGUAAGUUUUCUGCCAGAAAAAACAAAUUAGCUGGAAUAUUUUUGACAUCAACCGUAACACUUAUUCAACCGAGUGGUGUUAUUACAAAAUUAAACGAUUUAGACUGUUUAACGUGCGAUUCAAAUCUUUGGCAUUCAAUAUUUUUUCAACUUAAUUAUCAAAAGCCAACGAAGAAGAUUCUAAAAGCAAGAAGCGGAGACGUUAUUUAUGUAGAAAUAUAUAAAUCGAAUAAUCCUAUUAAUAUAACAAUUAGAGAUGGAAAAGAUGAAAAUUCACCAAUUAUUCUUCACAAUUGCCAAUGGACUAGCGAUAAGAAUAUUCGUCUUGAAUCAACUGGUCAAUAUUUAACAAUAUUAACCGAACCAAUAAUUAAUUCGAAUAAGGUUAUAAUCUUUCUAAAAUCAGUUAAACCUAAAUCAACAUUUACGGUUAUAAAUCAUGGAGAGACGCACAAAAAUGACUAUGGAUUAAUUAUUUAUAAUUUAAAUUAUCCUAUAUAUAUAAAAAAUUUAGACGUUGAUAAGAAUAAUGAAAAUGGAUUAUCAAUUUAUAAUCCCAUUUUUCAUACUAUAAUAAGGCAUAGUAGAUUUACCGGAAAUGAAAAAGGAUUAAGAUUAGCCUACGAAUGGGGUUCGCAAACUAUUGAAAAUAGUACAUUCUCAUCGAAUAAGAACGAAGCUAUAGAUAUUACAAAAGAAGAUAGUGAACAACUAAAUAGUAAUAUUAAGAUUAGCAAUAAUACGUUGAAUAAUCAUAAAACACAUACAACAAUUCAUAUUGAAACAAAAGGCGUUUCUAGUGUAAAUAUUGAAAAUAAUAAGUUUAUUAAUGGAAGAGCUACAGAUAUCAAAUUGAAAAAUCAUAAUGAUAAGAAAUCGAAAACAGUAAAUUUUAUUGUAAGAAACAAUAGAUUUUCUUGUAAGGAUGCUACUAAGGAUUAUAUUAUCAGUUGUAAUGGAAUAUCAUCAAUAGAGAUAAUGAAAAAUAUCGUUGAGAAUUCGAAGAAAGGAUUUUUAAGAAUUAUGAAUAGAUUAAACGAAAGCAGUGAUAUUUAUAUUAGAGAUAACACAGUGAAACAUUGUUUAAUACCAAAGCAUAUAAUUGAUAUUGGGAGAAAAGCUGAAUUUAAUAAUAGAGAUUUAGUUAGAAUUAAGAGAAAUUCAUUUAUCGGUAACUAUCCAAGAGAAAUUGAUCAUUCGAAUAAGCAAACAGCAAUUAUCGUAAUAAAUGUUUACGAUAUAAGGAUAAAUGAAAAUAUAUUUGAUAAUUAUAAGUUUGAUAGAGAAUUAACUCUACCGAAUUCAUUAGCAAAUAGUGAAAUUAUCAUAAAUAAGAAUGUAGACGCUAGAGAGAACUAUUGGAGAGAUGUAAACGUUUUAAAUUGUGUUGACGGUCAUUUUUCAUCGUAUAAUUAUAGAGGAGUACUACUUUCUCCAAUAUAUUUAGAUAAAAAUCUCACAAUUCUAAAAGACAUUUCAUUGGAGACUAAUGGAAAAGAGAGAUUUGAAGGGGACUUUAAUAGCGACAUUAUUAUUACCAGUGGAGAGUAUAGAAUGACUCGCAAUUGUCGUAUCUUAAAAAGAGCUAAAGUUACCAUACAACCUGGUGUUGUAAUUAGAGCAUCACCGAAUACUGGUAUAGAAGUUUAUGGUCAAUUAGAGAUUCUAGGAACUCCUUCGUCAAGAGUUAUUAUAAAAUUAGACAGUGCACCCGACAACGACACUGUCAAUAUACAUAGAGACAGUAGAGUAGAAAUUAUAAAAUCUAAAGAGUCGAUGUUUGUUUGCUAUACGAAUGACGAAUCUAUUGCACCUUUUAAAGCGCUUUGCAAAGCGGCCGGCUAUGGCGUAUACGAAAAACAUUCAUUCAAAUUUGUAGAUAAUAGCGUAAAUGGUUGGAAAGUUGAAUGUACAAAUGACAAAUACGAUAAUUGUAUUGUAAAGAAAGCCAAAUGUACCGAUGGAUAUUUGACGUUGAGAUGCGGUAAACAGCAAGAAUGGUCUGGUAUAAAUUAUCUUAUUAAUUCAAAAUCAAGUAUUAUACAAGGUUUAACCUUAAUUGGUUCUGGCCGAUUAGGGCACGAUCUAUUUUUUGAAUUAUUCCAACAUGAAUUAAAAGAUAUUAGAAUUCUAUCGAAAAGUUCAAAGAAUUUAUUAAUAUUGCAAUCAAAAUUGGAGAAUAUAUUAAAGAUUAACGAUUUAGAAAUAUAUUCAACGAAAGUUAAUGGAAAAACGAUUAUUAAUGCUUUAAAUGUUCAAUUUAAUGGAUUAAAGCUGUUUAAUACAAAGGUUGUUUUGGGUCAUUAUAGGAAAAUUGAUUUUCUUCAUUAUUUCAAUAGAGACGAAGAUAGAAUAAGUAAUAUCGAAAAAUGCCCAAAAGUUCCUUUCUAUAUUAAGCGUGGUGAACAAUUAAUAUUAAGAAUAUUAAUACACAAGGGUUUAUCUUCAAAGUGUAAUUUGGAAAUGUUAACUCAAAAGAAUAAUAGAUUAAUGCUAUAUAUCUUUCCUAUAAGAUAUAAUUCAAGAAAAUCUAUUGGAUGGAUUGAAGAUAAGAAUAAUAAAUAUCCUAUAACCAGUGAACCUUUUAAUUAUUUGGCAUAUAAUAGAGUAAAUGUUAUACUAAAUUCAGGAGAUUAUAUAGCUCAUUAUAUAAUCGUUAAUACCGAAACUUUGUAUAUUACACUACCAAGAAUUGAAAAUAAUUUAAUGAUACAGAAUUCAUCGUUUAAAUCUAAUGGAGAAUAUGUUAAUUAUAUUGAAUUUGAUACGAAUUUCAAUUAUAAUAUCGAUAUAAAAACAACAAAUUUUACGUAUGGAAAAUAUUUAAUUUAUUCAAAUCGUAAAAUCUUCUCGAAUAAUAAUUUAACAUUAAAAUAUUCAAAUAUUAAAUAUUUGCAUCAUAUUUCGCCGAAACCAAUUAAAAAUAUGAUUAUAAAAGAUUGCCAUUUUAAAGGAACUCAUCAUCCUUUUCAUAUUCAUUCAAAAGAGAUAAUUAACUAUCCAAUUACAAUUGAAUUUUUAGAUAAUUAUAUAACUGUUGAAAUGGAAAAUCCAUUCAAGUAUGGACAAUUGAAAUUUCGAAAUUCAAAUAAGAAUAAUUGCCUUAUUAGAAUUAUUAAUAAUAGAUUUAAUGAUAAAAGAAUAUACCAGAGGAAACCAUUGAAAAAUUACCUUAAUUUAAAUGUUGAUUGUCAAAUAAGAAUUGAAGAAAAUAGAUUUAUAAACUUUCAUUAUUAUCAUUCUAUUUUACAUAUAAAAACAUUAAAUAAUCAUAUAAAUUUAAUGGAUAAAAUGAAUAGAAGAAAGGAUGUUAUCAUUAAGAAGAAUUCAUUUGAAAAUAUUAAUAAUAUUUCGAAUUGUAUUGAAUUUCAUUUGGUUAGAAGUUCACUUGAGAUGAUUGAAAAUAAUUUUACAUCUUGUUUAACAAGUCAAAGUAUUCUAAAUUUGAAUAUAUUCGACGAUAAUAGAAAAUAUUAUAAUCUAAAAGGAAACGCUAUCGUUCAAUGUUCAACGAAACAUCUAAUUAAUAUAGCCGGUAAUAUUAUUCCAAUUAUUGAAUUGAAUAACUUUAAUAGCGUUUGUAAAUUCUAUUUACAUUUAAAAACUAUAUGCCCAAUUAGAAAAGAGAAAAGUUGCAUCUAUAAUAUUCCGUAUAAUUAUUGGGGUUCUCGUAAGAAUUUAUACGAGAGAUUUUACGAUGGAAAUUACGAUUCUUUCUUACCCAGACUAGAUCCGUCACCAAUCUAUUUAACAGAAAAUUUUACCCUUAAAACCCAAAUUGAAAAUUUAAAUGAAAAAUAUAGAAUACACCUUAGCGGAUAUAUACAAGGAGAUUAUCUCUUAAAAAAUUCAAUAGUACUUACGGGAAAUGUUAUUAUUGAAGAUAAUCUGGAAAUCUCUAGACAACAAGAUAUUGAGAUUAUAUUUAAAAAAUGCCAUAAUCUAUUGAUAAUACGCGGUAGACUUACAUUUGGAAAAGUUACUGAUUUAGAAAAGAAGUCUACUUUAAAAUUUACAUGUUUAGAUAGAAAAGAUAAUUUACCAAAUGUUUAUUAUUAUCAAAGUCAAUUUCCGGUUGUUUUUGAUAAUUUAAUAAUAAAAAAUGUAAAUUUUAUAUUUAUGGGUACACCUCCUCCGAAAAUUGAAAAUUGUAUAUUCGAAAGGGCACAUAUCAAAUUGAUAAGGACUUUUGGAGAAAAUGAUAAUUUCACUGUAAAGAAUGCUAAAUUUACAUCGUCGAAUAAUGGAAAAAAUGAUUAUAUUUCAUUAGUACAGAAUCGUCAUGAUACUAUUAUAGAGAAUAGUCAUUUUAAAGAUGGAUAUUCAGCUGUUCGUUGGAGUAGCGAUAAUAAAGAUUCAACUUAUAGUAAAUUGAAUUGGCCUACUUUGUUUCUUUGUAUAUAUGGAUCUAUUUAUGAAUUUUCGGAGAAUGAUUACGGUUUAUCGCUCGACGUUGAACAUUUAGAAAGAUAUAACGCUGUUGGAUGUUCAACUGAAUUUAUUUCGCCUAUAAAUCAUAUUAUAAAGAUUAUAAUUGAAACUGAAUUAGACGAUAGAUUAUCGCUUGUUAAGAUAUACGAUGAAUUGGGUAACGUAUUAGUAAAUGGUAAAUUAAGACAAGCUAAAACUAUUAUAUACUCUGAAACUAGAAAGAUUAAAAUUGAACUUAAUUCAAAGACAAACUAUCAUUCUGACUUUAAACUAUUCAUUCAACCUGUUAAAGAAUCUUCCUACCUAUGUACAUUCGAAGGAUCGAAUUGCGAAUGGAAAAUUCCAAAUAUACUACCAAAAUCAUAUUCAUAUUUUAAUCGAAUUCAAUCCGCAAACGUAAAUUUUAUAGAUGGAUUUAAAUACGAUGCAACCUAUCCAUCUUCGACCAAUGGUCAUUAUUUUGCAAUGAAUAUUAAAAGUGAAGGGGAUAUUUUGGCAAUUCCGGAAAUUUAUGGGAAAAUCUUUGAUUCAAUGCAUAAUCUAUGCUAUUUUAAAAUGUACGCUUACAGUUCACAUCCGAAUCAAGUAUUACUCAUAUCCGUUGAUAUAUUCGACGCUUAUGGACCUAAUCUGCACCUAAAGACAAUAGAUUUAACAAACGACUGGAAAUUAUAUAGAAUACGCUUGAAAAUUGUUAAAAAUAGAAAAUUUCGUUUAAUUAUCAAAACUUCCAGUGAAUUAGAAUCAAAUAUUGUUAUCGGAAUUGAUAAUACGGAUUACGAAGAGUGUAGGAAUGAAAAUAAGCAAGUUCAAAUAACUGAUACUACAUUUAGUAGUAUUAGUGAAGAGUCUAUUCAAAUUAUUAAUAAAGAAUACGGUAAUAGUAUUAAGAUAAUACUGGAAAAAUUGAACUUUAAUAUUGGAUUUAAUUCAAUUGAUAUCAAUGUCUAUAACGCUUUAAUACUUAUUAGAAAUUCAAAUUUAACUUCUUUAGAUUAUCUUAAUCUACAAUUUAAUUCGGAUAAGAGAUCAAAAGUUAUCUAUACUCAAAAUGAAGUAAUUAGCGAUAUAUCCAAACAUUUUAUAUUCAAAUUAGAAAAUAACGGAAAUGGUCAAGUAACGAGUCUAAUUGAAAAGAGUAUAUUCGAUAUAGUAUUGAGAUCAACUACAUUAAUAUCAAUUAGAAAUACUUAUCUUUCCCUUGACAAUAACCUAUUUGAAAUUGUCGUUAACGGGCCAUACGAGAAAACUAUUAUUAAUCAUCAGUCGCCAAAUUAUGGAUUGAAAAUAACGAAUUGUAUCUUUCUUACGCAGAGUAAAAUUAAAAUCAUUUCUUCCAGAUCACGAAAGAUUCUCUUCAAUAAUAAUAUUGUCGAAUACGGAACAAUUGAUAUUAAAUUAAGAAUGGACGAACAUCUCUCUCUGCAACGUAAUUGGUGGGGAACGAGAAAGAUGAAUAUUAUCACUAAACGAAUUAUUCAUAAGGAAAGUGAUAAAAAUUUAAGAUUUGCUCUCAAACCAAUAUUUGAAUUUGAACCUAACAGUAUGUAUCUAUCUGUUGGAUGUCCUAUAAAAUGGUUUGAAUAUAGAGGCUAUUGUUUCUAUUACCAUCUUUCGCCGGCAAGUUACGAAGUUGCCUAUGAAUUUUGCGAUCGUCAAUACUCAACUCUUCUAACAAGAAAGGAUUUGAUUGAAAAUCAACAACUAUCUUCUUGGAUCAAAUAUAAACACUUUAAUGGUUUCCAUAUCAAUGAUAUAUGGACGUUAAACGGACGAUAUAAAUAUAAACAAACGGCCUCUUGGAUUUGUAAAAGGAAAAACUCUGGAAUAUGCCCCUUCAAUUGCUUUAAAAGAGGUACUUGUUCGAGAGGUGUUUGCCAUUGUCAUAGUGGAUGGGAGGGAACAUAUUGUACAAAGUUUACUUGUAAACAAAUUGAAAAUUGUUCGAAUCACGGAAGUUGUACGGGACCGAACGAAUGUAAAUGUAAUCCAGGUUGGCACGGUCCAACUUGUGGACAAUCGAAAUGCUCUAGAUAUUCAACAUGUUAUGAUUGUACAAGAAAUUCAGGUUGCGGUUGGUGCGAUUCAAUAGCGAAAUGUAUGCCAGGAAAUCCGAAAGAAUCGUUUUUCGACUGCAAAAAUCAUAGUUGGUUCUAUAGGAGUUGUUUAACACUCUCAACAGGAGGUUGCUCAAAAUUUAUACAAAAAAUAAAUUGCGAAGAUUAUUGUAGAUGGUCGGAAAGUUCAUUGUGCAAACAAUGCAGAGAAUUUGAAACAUGUUUCAACUUGGAUUCAUUAGAUUGUUCACCAUUAAACGAAUCACUCUGUCCUGGAGGUAUUCCAAAAUUUGACUUUUACGGACCAUUUAACAAAUUAAACUCAAUAAAAUUGAAUGAAAAUUUAAUAUCUAUCGACGAUGAUAAAUUAUACAGAUGUAAUUUAAAUGCUAAACAACAUUUUAAUGGAAACAAUUACGAAAUACUAAUUAUACCUAGAAUAGUUGAAUACGAAAGAGGUUCUGUAAUAUAUAGUUCAAAAAUAUCUGGUAUAAUGCAUAAAGUAAUUGAUUAUGAAUUAAAAUUGAAUAAUUAUACAUUGGUAUAUGGAGAAUAUAUAUUACCUUACGAUCUAUUAAAUUCUGGACAUUAUAAAUUUGAUGGUAACGUUAUUAAUAAAUUUAAUAAUAUCUAUUAUUCUGGUAAAUUAAUAACAAACGAUGAUAUUGAUAAAUUGAAAAUGAACUUAAAGGAGUAUAUGUACACAAAUAUAGAUCAAUAUAAAUCGUAUAAGAUAAUCGGAAAGGAUUAUUUAUAUAAGGGAGAAAGAAUUGUUUAUUCUUAUUAUUUAAUAACGAAAUAUAAUAAAGCAAAGAUAAACGAUAUUCUCAUUUCGAAAACGUCAAAAGGAUUUUUGGAAGAGAUUGAAAAUAAAAGAAAAUAUAAGAAUAUCGAUUUAAUUAUUGAAACAAAAUUUCUUAAUGGAAUUAAUGGAGUUUAUAUAAAAAAAUUUAAUAAUAUCUCUGAAUUAGAAUCGAAGCUUACUUGCGAUAUGAAUAAUAAUAAAUAUGGAUUAUAUUAUUUAAAUUAUACUGAUAAUUUAAAUGAAUAUGAUUUAGUAGUUAAUAAGAAAGAAUCGCCACUAUUAUCUAUUGUUAAACAAUCAAAAUCUAUUGGUAAUAAUUGGUAUUUAAUAGAAUUAAUUGAUUUGUUUACAAUACCUAUAAAUUUUAAUAAUCAACAAUUUAAUUGGAAUGAUUAUAAGAUUAUUACAGAUGAGAAUGCAAUAACUGAUCCUUCAACGUUUGCGAAGAGAUUAAAUAAUACGUUUAUAUUGGACGAUUGUAUAAUAAAUUUAAAUGGAAAAUUAACGGAAUUUUUUAAUUUUGGUACUGAAAUUAGAGUACUACCGUAUGAAUCAUUAAUUGAUCAAGUAAAGUUAAAUGUUCAAUUAAAUUUUAGCUUUAAACUCAAUUUAAUAGCUAUUCCCAAUAAUCGAAUGGAAACGACAGUUAAAAUUGAUAGAGAACGAUUCGGUUAUCAAAUGAGAAAGUAUUUUACAAUAAAUUUCUUAAAUGUUGAUAUAUUAGGAGUUAUCGAUUUGGUUAAUGUCGAUUUGGACUUGCUAGAGGGACUAAUCGUUGGAAAAGUCAUGGGAAAUGCAUCAAUUUCAAUAAUAAAUGAGUGCUUUCUGACUUUUGCCUAUCGUAGAGGAAACGGUCUAAAUAUUAUUGAUAAUGAAUCAAGCUUUAAAUUAAUGUUCGCUAAUCAUUCUGGCGAGUGGAAUGAUACGAUGGAUCUUACAGCCAGUUUAAAAAUUAAUUUUAACAUUAAAUGGCCUUAUUUAAAUUCUAAUCAAGAUACGCUGAGGGGUAGAAACUCAAUUUAUAAAUGGCAACAAGAUGCACCAUUAAAUUCAAUAGAGAACUGGUUAAAACGCAUAGAAGAAUCUUCACUAUCAAAUGAUAAUUCUAAUAGAAAAUCUUUAAUAUCUAUCGAAAGAAUCCAAGAAAUUAAUUACAAAUGUUACGUUAGUAGGAUUCGAAAGACUUUUGUUAAAAAGUUUACAAUUUCAACGGGUUUAAGUGAUAUUAUUGGAAAAUUUGAAUUUUUCAACGAAUCCGAUCAUAGAAUUAUUCAAUUGACGAAUUUCGGUAAAACUCUUCAAGAUAAAAACGCAGAUAUUCGAGGAGAUAAAUGGAAAAGUCUAUGCCCUUUUCACUACGAUAAAUCCGACUAUGGAAUGUUUGGGCUAGUUUACGAAAAAUAUAAUAUUUGCCUACACACUUGUACUUGUCCAAACGGAGAAUACGGCCAAACUCUAAUAGAUGGAGAAUGUUCGUGUUGUCCUGAUGGUACACCCAGGCCAUUUGAUAAUUUAAAUUUCGAAUGCCCUUGCAUCUGCCCAAAUGGCAGAAAAUCAACUACUGGACCAAAAGGAUGCCGUUGUAAGUCUUGUAAGGUUUGUCCCGAUGGUAGGAGACCUCCAAUAGGACCUGACGGAAGUUGUUUAUGCGACAACGAAUGCGGAAUUGACGGUCUUUGUACACUAGGACGUACCGGUUUGCAAUGCGAUCAACCGUCCUGUCACUCUCUGAACAAUUGUAACGGUCACGGAGUUUGCUUAAAUACGAAUGAUUGCGGAUCGUAUUGCGCCUGUUUUCCCAAUUGGAUAGGUCCUAGUUGUGCGAUAAGGGAGCAUAAGACUAGCAGGGGGUCGCCUAGCUUAGAAACUCUUGAUGGUAAAUCAUACGAAUUUUUUAGUAUUGGACAGUUUUGGGGAUGUAUUUCGAAUGUUAUUAGCUAUCAAUUACGAUUUUUUGGUUAUAAAACAACAUCAUUUAUUGGAGCUAUAGCAAUAAGAUUGGGAAAGUCUGAUAUAUUAACUGUAAAUGGUAAGCUGAAAGCGAAAAUUACAGAACCUCCAACGAUUAAAUUAAAUGGUAAAGAGAUACUGAGCGAAUAUACGAAUAAAUUUAGUAAAAAUUUCAAAAACACCGGCUUCGUAUUGGAUAUAGAUAUGACAGAAAACGAACAUAUAUUCACAAUAAUAUCAAUAACCCAUUUUAAUGGUUCAGUCUUAUCAGUAAUUGCAGAUUAUAGUCCCAAAAUGAACAGACAAUAUUUAACUGUAAGUCUAUUAGCCGGAGUAGAUAUGAUGAACAAUACGAAAGGAUUAUGCGGAGUAAUGAAUGACAAUACGGCGGAUGAUUUUAUGGGACGCAAUGGUACAAUUUUUACUUCUGUUGUCGACUUCAUAGAAUCUUGGAGAAUUGCAAAAAUGAGCCGAGAGAAUGGAGGAUUAGCCAAUUCAUGGUCGGAAAUUGCAUCUAAUUUCCAUUAUGAAGAUAGAAUUGACCCUUUGUACGUUAAUUCUAACCAUCUGCCCAGAUACAUUUUAGAUAAUAUUGAUGAUAAUCAAUAUAAGAUGGCUGAAAAUCUUUGCGAAACAGCUAAAUUAAUGGGAAAAGAAAAAAUGAGUUGUGUAUAUAAUGUUAUAAUUUCAGGGGAGGUCAAUAUUGCAAAGCAUUUAACCUAUAAAUUAAGGGAUUGUCGCGAAAAUUGCUCCCUUCGAGGAGAAUGCUACAAUGGAAAAUGUAUAUGCAUGAAUGGGUGGUCAAGUGAUGUUUGUAACGAAAGAAAAUGCGUUGGCUGUUCAAACGGCAUCUGUUCUGUUGGCUUUUGUCGUUGUAAUCCAGGUUACGAGGGUCCAACAUGUGAUUAUAAAGCUGAUUGUAUACCAGAAUGCAAAAAUGGAGGGUUAUGCGUCAAAUCCGGCCUUUGUAAAUGUACGGAUGGAUGGACCUCACCUGAUUGCUCGGUAAAGGCUCAUUGUUCAAAAGAGUGUUUGAAUGGUGGUAUUUGCGUCGACAACGAUAUAUGUAAAUGUCCUCCCGGAUACAAUGGGACAAGCUGCGAGAAUUAUAGCUGUGAAUUAAGAAAUUGGUGCUCUGGCCAUGGAAUGUGUAUCGAUUAUGAUAAAUGCCUUUGCUUUACUGGAUGGAAAGGAUUAUCGUGCUCCAAACCCUUAUGUCCUAAAGACUGUUCCGGUCGGGGGAAAUGUCUGACAUCUGGUGAAUGCGAUUGUAACAUUGGAUAUGAAGGUUCCGAUUGUAGUUUCAGAAAGGCGUGUUCCGUAAAGUCUAAUUGCUAUAAAAACGGCAUAUGCAAAAGUGAUGAUGAAUGUCUAUGCGAUUACGGCUAUUCUACCGAUUGCGAGAAAGAAAGUAGUUGUCAACUGUGUCCCAAUGGACUAUGUCAAUCGAACGGAAAUUGUGAAUGUUCAAAGAGAUAUUUCAAAAAGGGUUGCUUCGCUAAAUUCUGCGAAAUCGAUGAAGAUUGUUACAUGUAUGGAGGAGCGUGUGUACAUAAUUGCCAUUGCGCCUCGAAUUGGAUUGGUGAAUAUUGCGAGAUUCCAUCAUGUUCAGGUGUAGGACACUGUUCCGGAAACGGUUUUUGUAUAAGACCCGACGAUUGCGUAUGCAAUUUAGGAUAUGAAGGAGAGACUUGUUCAAUAAAAUCUUUAAAUGACUCUGUUACACUCCUUCCGUCUUCCGAUAAAAGCUUUUCAAGGAUAAUUGAUGAGCACUUUCCCGAAGGAGAAAUUAUAAUGACUGUCGCUAUUGAAACGGACAAUAAAGCCACCGUUAAAAAUAAUUUACGUUACUCAAUGAACUCUCAUUCUCUUCCUUUGGAGAUCGAUGGUGAAAAGGGUAUUCUGCGUUCAACUGGAAAGUUAACACCUGGUAAUUAUCAAUUAAAAGUCGACGUUUACUACGAAAUGGAUAUUUAUAAGUCAACAAGUUUAAAUUUAAAUCUAACUAUACUCGACGUAAACGAAUGUCCAAUUAUUAAGAGACCAGAGAAUGGGGAGAAAAUAUUUAUUGACUCUUUAACAACAAUUAAUACGAUAAUUUAUGAAAUUGAAGCUUAUGACGGAGAUUAUGGCAUUAAUUCGAGAUUAAUCUAUGACCUUGAUAUUAAUGGCAAUAAUGGAAGUGUAAUUGGUUUGGAAAUUAAGAAUUCCUCUGAUACUAUAAUUACAAAUAAAAAUCCGUUAAACGAAGGUCGUUAUGAUGUAAACGUUAUUGUUCACGAUAAUUCAAUCGAUUCUUGCUCAAGUCGGGUCAGCUUUGAAGUUAUUGUUUUCCCGCCAAAUUUAAAGAAAGAAUCGUUUGAAAAGGGAUUUAUUAAAAGGGAAAGACCGAAAGAUAAAGCAAAACCUUACUAUUGGAUUAAUAAAAAGUUGAGAGAGACUACUCCCUAUAUAGAAAAUGAUACAAAGGAAAUCCGCACGAUAACUAAUCUUUUAGAUCCGAAUGGAACGACUUCUCCAUGGGAUAGCAAAAUUUGGGAUAAAGAUUGCAACAAUUACACUAAAGAAUAUCGUCCAUUUUCUAAUAACAACCUAAGAAUGAGACUAAUAGAACCAGAUGAAAGAGGAUAUAUUGCAAAAUUAAUAAGUCAAAAGGCUAAACACGGUAAUGAGACUACGGAUACAGUUUAUAACAAUAUCUAUAGGGAAGAGAAUAUAGAAAAUAGUGCGGAACGCACUCUCAUUAAAGAAUACCGUUUUAGCGAAAUUGAUAAUAUAUUAUUUUUUGGUGAUCGCCCCAAAUCGGAUGACGAUUAUGUAUUUCUGUUACCUCCGUCUAGCGAAAGCGUAUGGUCAAGAUUAGAGUUUAACCCUUAUUGGGGUUAUUUCUCAAAGCGGAAAAUUGAUAGCGUUUCAACUAGAUUGUGGUAUUGGUAUUUCUAUCCUUUUGGACCUAUAUAUAAAACAUGGGAAAGUUGGCAAUCUUGGAAUAUAAUUUGCGACAAGGAAAAUACUAUGACAAGAUAUCGAUAUUGCUUUUAUUAUGAUCUCAAACAUCGUCUAAGAGAAAUAAGAUGCCCCUAUUAUGCAUUUGAAAGGAAAUUUCAAUAUGGACAGUUUUGUUCAAUAAACGGCGGAUGGUCUACGUGGGGACAAUGGGAUACAUGUAAGACAAAAUUCACAAGACGUAGGCGUCUUUGUGAUAAUCCUUUUCCGAGAAGCAACGGCAAAUCGUGUUCAGGCUCAAGGGUCGAGAGGAAACUUUGCAUAUAUGAGGGUGUAGACGGUAAAUGGAGUCAGUGGGAACAAUUGUCUGAUUGUUAUUAUCCUGAUUAUCGCUUUUGCAAAGCAAAACUCGGCUUUAGAAAAAUUGUGAGAUAUUGUUCUGCACCAAAACCCAUUGCUCCUGGCAAAAACUGUAUUGGCCAAGGAGUAAAGAUAGAAGAAUGCGCUCCUAGACAGGAAAAAUGCCUAAGUGUGACCGAUGAGGAGACAGAUGGUACAAUAGAUCCAAGAUUUAACGAUAAAACACCAAAAUUAAAAGACGAUGAGAGUAAAAAUCACCAAGAUUUUUCCAAUUAG